AUGCGACCUGAUUCAAGUCGAACCCGCGCGAAAACCCCCGCGUUCGCGCUCUUAGUCUGCUCCAUCGCGCUCCUCGUCCGAGGCGGUAACGGGCAAACGCCAGCGCCGGACGCAUCAGGCGGGUCCUACGUGGACGUGAGCUCCAACGCCACGUCCGAGGUGGAGGGGCGGUUCGGGACUCAGCCCAGCCAGCGCUCGGGCCAGUCGCUGACCCGCGUGGACUCCGAUACCGCCGUGCUUUUCGGCGGCCUGUCCCCCACGGGCACGCUGAAUGACGUUUGGGAGUACAAGGUGGCGCAGAAGAAGUGGACGAGGCUGCACGAGGGCGGGGUCGGGCCGCUCGACACCGACCCGUACUCGACGGUGCCUUCGCCUCGCACCGGCCACGCGGCUGUCGUGCUGCGGGGUGACCUGUUCAUAUUCGGGGGGUACGACCCGGACAGGGGCGACACUAACGACGUGUGGAAGUUCACGCGGGCGACCGGCGUCUGGUCGCACGUUACGCUCGCGGCGGGCGCGGACGUUCCGGCGUCCAGGAGCGGGCACGCCGCGUUUGCGCCAGACCCGAGUGCGGGUGUGUUUACGGUGUUUGGCGGGAACAUGCGCAACGACGUGUGGGAGUUCGACGUGGACGCGAGCAAGUGGACGGUGGUGAUGACGGAGUUUGCGGGUUCGUCGGGGGCGGCGGUGAAGGGCGUGGGGGCGUUGUUAGUGGCCGUGGGGGCGGCCACGGCGGCGACCCUGGUGAGCGGCGAGUGGUGGAGGAAUUUCUGA